CUGACUUGUGGGUUGCUUUGAGUAUGAACGAUCAUGUUUGCUAAUUCUGUAUUAAACACAUAUUUGAAAACAUGAGAUUCACAAUAAGAAUUUCUAACAAAAAUACUGUGUGCAGAUAUUUCAGUCAAUUCUCUUUUGUUCCGAAUCACGAGCCUACAUCGAAUGAAGAUGUUUUUCAACUUCAGAAGUUCGUCGAUGAUCAUAAAAAAUUGUUCAUUUUAACAGGUGCGGGAAUAUCCACGGAAAGUGGAUUGCCGGAUUAUCGAUCUAAAGAUGUUGGUCUGUAUGAUCGCAGCCCAAAUAGACCAGUUCAGUAUCAAGCUUUUAUUUCUUCGCAUAAAAUUAGACAACGCUAUUGGGCGAGAAAUUUUGUCGGUUGGAAGAGAUUUUCCUCAAUCGAACCUAACAAUGUUCAUACGUGUUUAGCGAAUUGGGAAAAUAAAGGCCGAAUUUCUUGCCUAAUUACUCAAAAUGUGGAUCGAUUGCACCACAAAGCUGGCUCAGUAAAUAUCAUUGAACUUCAUGGCACAUCUUAUGUAGUUAAAUGCUUAAAAUGCAAUAACCACUUUUCAAGGUUUCUGUUUCAAUCGCAGCUAGAAGAGUUAAAUCCAGAAUUCAGAGUGGAAGCUACAGAAAUCAGGCCAGAUGCAGAUGUAGAUUUAGAGCCUUCGUUUACUGAAAAAUUUAAAUUUCCUGACUGUGGUAAAUGUGGGGGAAUUUUAAAACCCGAUGUUGUUUUCUUUGGAGAAAAUGUGCCCAAAAAGAAGGUGAAUGAAAUUUAUGACAAACUAACUGAAUCUGAUGCAAUGCUUGUGUUGGGAUCAUCGUUAGAGGUUUUUUCUGGGUACCGAUUUGCGUUGGCAGCAGUGGAACAAAAAAAGUGCCUCGGUAUAGUCAACAUUGGUCCAAAUCGAGCAGAAAAAAUUGCUUCUUUUAAACUAAAUGUACGCUGUGGAGAUAUUUUACCUAAAAUAAAGUUAUGA